GAGAGCACAGAGAUAGAGCGAUGGAAAGGAUGGCUGAGCAGCUCCGGUUGUUGCAGGAGAAGGUGGAGGGAAGGCCGGACAGGCGUGCUCGAGGACACCUGUUCUCGAGGGAAAUUCUAGCUGCACCGCUGCCUGCGAGUUUCUGGGAGAUAAAUCUGAUUUUUGACGGGUCGAACGACCCGUCGAGGCAUGUGAGGGCAUUCGAAAACAUGUCCGUCUUACACGGGUAUUCGGAUCCGGUCAGUUGCAGGGCUUUUCUGUCGACCUUACGAGGAGGCGCGUUCGACUGGUUCCACCAAUUAGCUCCCGGUUCGAUCAGAGACUUUGAGGAUUUCGUAGGACAACUUACUAAUCAAUAUUCAAGCGCGGUCGCGCAGGAGAAGACAUACCUCACUCUGAUGGCAAUGCGACAAGGCGAGAAGGAGUCCCUGCGGAAAUAUGUUGCUCGAUACAAUCAGAUGUGUUUAGAGGUGCCCACGACGGGCGAUGAG